AUAACUGCCACCAGGUACGCCAACCCGACGCUAAGUCCCAUCCGCAGCCCUCCUCCAUCAGUCGCCUCACCCUCGACACCAUGGCUGCACCUCCUCCCUGCGAAACCUGCUUCGUGCAGCCCGCCAUGCCCGGGUCUGCGUACUGCGGGAAGACGUGCGAGGACAAGGAUAAGUGCGAGCUUUGCCAUAAGCGCCCGAAAUACAAGGGCGGGAAGCAGCCGUCGUCAUACUGCAGUAAGACCUGCGCAGACAAUGCGAAGGCCUUAAGGUCGCCCACUCCUGCGAAAUCGCCUUCGCUGAAGUCAAAUCAGUCCUCUAAGUCGAGUGGUCCAGCCUGCGCCAUCGUCACCUGUAAGCGCACCGCUCACGAGAACGCUGACGGCACCUAUGGGCGCUACUGUUCGGUUAGCCACAAGAAGCUAGGGGAAGCGAUAUGCCUCUACUGUCGCAAGGGAGAGAGGAGGGCCAACUCUGCGUUCUGCAGCCGCACUUGCCGAGACGAGGCGGCCAACAAGGGUCCCAUUCUUAUGGAGAUCCCCUCGGACCAUGCCAUCUUCGCGAGCGUUGCCGACCAGUUCACUGGUUCGUGGAGGCAUCCGACGAAGUGUCCCGGCGUGAAGCGCAUAUACAAGAUCAUGCCGGAUCAGGCAACGUGCGAGCAGUACAACAAAUAUCGCGCGGACGUAGAAACACGCGGCAACUUUGCGGCGCGAGGCAUGACUGCGGGCAAUGAGCAGCGCCGCUGGCAUGGCACGAAGCGCAAGUGCACGCUCGGCGACAUGGGUCAGGCGAAGCUAUGCGGCGACACGACCUGCUGUCUUUGCAAUAUUAUCAAGACGUCUUUCGACUUGACUGCUUUCGGGAAGAACACGGGCUGGGGCAGAUUCGGGCGAGGCAUAUACACGUCGUCGACGUCGUCUAAAUCGAACGACUACUCCAAGAACAUUGACGCCAGCGCCUUGUCGCCUCUAAAGGCUGUUCUCCUGAACCGUGUCGUCGUAGGCAGGGGGGACAAGACCUACUUCAACCACUCGACAUGGACCAGCGCUCCGCCAGGCUUCGACUCCGUACUGGCGGAACCCUUCACCAUCCCUCUCGCUGGCGCUCUCAACUACGAUGAGGUCGUAGUCUACCGUAACGAGGCCAUACGCCCGGCGUAUCUGGUCUUGUACAAGGCCUGAAAUUUCUUCUCAUCACCUCGACGCUCGCCGGACGAGACGUCAACAGUUCUCGAUUAUUCCCACUCGCCUCUGUAUUCUAUUCGUAUCGAAACCACACUUCACAUGCUUGUACUUGUAACAUUCUCCCUGCAAUAUAUGUCUCUAGUCACUACCAAACGAGGGUAAAAGCUGCAGCCUAUUCUGAGCAGACGCCGAACCGGCGGCACGCAUAGUCAUAUCCGCUACAAAUGAGGGCAUAGAGGGAGGAAAAC